GUCCUCCAUGUGUGUGCUAUGUUUACUUCUGUUAAAACGAAAAAAAAAACCCAACCAAGUUGGAUAUAUAGAGUCUAGACCUUAGGCCUAGAUCUGGAUCUACUUGUCACGUAAUGUAAAUCAUAGGCAUGCCUAUUUUGCUCUUAUGAUUUACAGGAGACACAAGAAACAAGGCCCCAUGCUAUAGAAGACCAGUGUCCGUCGCAGGUUCCACCGGAAAGCAUUGGAUGAUUGGUACAUUAACAUUUGAUCUAACAAUGCCGUAAAAUAUAUGUUGCAAAGGCCCUAAACCUUAAAUGAAAAUGUCUGAACUUAAAUCUGGCGACCUGAAGAAGUCUCAGUCUGGCCUGAUGAUAACACCAACACAGCAGAUGAUCUCUUCUUGUACUGGCGCAUUUUUUACAUCUUUAACAAUGACUCCUUUUGAUGUUGUGAAAAUACGUUUACAGUCACAAGCUAAACCAUCCAACUUUACUAAAGGUCACUGCUUUGUAUAUUGUAAUGGUUUAAUGGAUCACUUGUGUCCUUGUGUAAAUGGUUUGACCCCCUCAUCUGAAUGGUACAAGAGGCCAAGCCAUUUUACUGGGACCUUUGAUGCAAUGAUUAAAAUUUCAAGAUAUGAGGGAAUUACUUCUUUAUGGAGUGGGCUUCCACCAACUUUGGUGAUGGCAAUUCCAGCUACUGUGGUGUAUUUCACAUGCUAUGAACAACUAAAGGUAGCACUUGGCUACUAUGAUGAGCGUGUCCCUAAUACAUGGAAACCAAUGUUAGCUGGAGCUAUAGCAAGAGUUUGGGCAGCAUCUCUGAUAAGUCCCAUUGAGAUGAUACGCACAAAGAUGCAAUCUGAACACUUUACAUACAAACAAAUCUGGAAGUCUGUUGGUAUUACUGUUAAAAAUAAUGGGGUUCUAACUUUAUGGAAAGGAUUGGGCCCUACAUUAUUAAGGGAUGUACCAUUUUCUGCAAUGUACUGGGGUAGCUAUGAAACAAUGAAAGCGUAUGUUUUAAGUAAUAAAGGGAGAAGCAAUUUGAACUUUUUAGAAUCUUUUGCAGCAGGUGCAAUUGCAGGAUCGAUAGCUGCUGUUAUAACUUUACCUUUUGAUGUGAUCAAAACAAGAAGACAGAUAGAACUGGGGGAGAUUAUUAUAUCAGGUUCAAAGAUAACAACAUCCACUUGGAAACUUAUUAGAAACAUUUAUACAAGUGAAGGCUUUACGGCUUUAUUUACAGGGUUGCUACCAAGACUGAUUAAAGUUGCACCAAGUUGUGCUAUUAUGAUAAGUACCUAUGAAUCAUUCAAGUACUUUUUUAUUAGUCGUAACAAAAGACUUUUACAACUUGAUGAUGUUCAAAAUUUAUGUGACAAACACAGUCCUCCAUAUAAAUUUCCUGAGUAUUUGUCACAGAAAAUGACAGAUGCUGUUGAGGAAAAUAAUACAGUGAAACAAACAGUUUAUACAGAAACAGAAGCAGCUGUAAAACCUUAAGUUAGUUUUGAGUGUGAAAUAAAUUUAACCUCAUAGUAUGCUUACAGAUUUG